AUGGUCAAAAAAGGCAACAAAGGCCAGCUCGACUGCGCGACAUCGCAAACGUUGCCGCUUCAACCAACGUCUCGCGGGUCGGGCAAGACCGCUCUUGCUGUCGGCGGGGACUGGAUCGUGCAAUACAACAGCACCAAGGACUUUUACCUCCAGUCGAUCGACGCUCCGUUGCAAGAACUCAGUGAGAAAGCGGAUCUGAGCCCCGUUUCCCAACUCUCGACCGACGGCACAAACAUUUGCGCAACGAGCUCCAAAAGCAUCAACUGCGGCCCCCUCCGGCUCCAGAGCGGUAGUCAACGCGACUGGAUUUACUCGAGCAGCAACAUCCAGUCCACGGCCAUGGCGGCCAACAGCACGGCGAUGUAUGGGCUCAGCAAAAGCAACAUCUUGCACGUCGCCAAAGUCGACGACAUCAUGAGUGGCAAGGACCACGUCUAUUGGAACCCAGUGGCACGUGCGCCUGUUUUCACGAGCAUUGCGUACGACGGCAAGCGCGUGUGCGGCAUCAAAAAGGCGGAAACGGUGAUUGCCUGCACGACCAACGACCUUGCGACCCCAUUGUCGCCGACGUGGUCGCAGCUGCCUGAGAGCGACUGGACGAGCCUCGCCCUCAGCAACAACCAGAUCUACGCCGUCAACGCGGCGUACGCUGUCAAGAGAAUCGCAGCUCCGACCCAGUAA